GGCAAACAAGCUUAGGAUCGGCACUGAACUUGGCCGUGCGCUGUCGAGCUUCGUUUCGAACGGCUAGCUUCAGUUGUGAUUGAGUUGCCACUGGAGCUACAUCGCUUCGGAAGAUCGUCGCGAUCGCAUCGGAAGGGUUCGCAAGAGUAACAACAUAUCUGAUUAACAAUGGUAGGAAGAGGUUUAAAUAGUGUAUAUUAGUCAACUUUUGUGAAAUAGUUUUAAUAACUUUAAAGUAGUGAAAUUAUCGAGAAAAAUCGGCCACUGGUUAUCGCCUCACGCGAUACGAUGCUGGACAGUUGUAGACAAACAUCUCUCGCGGCGUGUUAUUGCAUCGUCAUCGUCCGAUCUCGGCACAGCGUGAACGUGACACUGCAUGACUUGUGAAACUCGUGCUACACAAGAAUCUCCUGGCGCUAGUUUGCUUCCUAGCGGCCACCCUUCAAACCUCGAUCGGAGCCCGGAUACUCUCCGUCAAUGUGUUCCCCGGGCGUAGCCAUUGGAUGAUGAUCGGUAGCAUUCUGGAGGAGCUGCUCGAGCGUGGCCAUGAGGUGACGGUUAUCACCAACUACCCCAGGAAGAAAGCUCAUCCAAAUCUCACGGAGAUAGUGAUCGAUCCCAUCUACGACUUUUGGGGCAAAUCGGUUAAGGUGGACUCGCUGUACGAUCUGACCGAUAUCUCGGUACAUCAAAUGCUGAUGGACUUCCUGUACCCGUUGGGCCUUCAGACGGCCGAGUAUGCGUUUACGCGCGAGAAUGUGAUGGACUUUUUGCGGAAUGAUAAGAGCCAGUUUGAUCUGCUGCUUGCCGAACAGUUCUACCAGGAAGCGUACCUGAUGCUGGCGCACAAGUAUAAGGUCCCGAUCGUGUCGAUAGGAACGUUCGGGUUCGCCCAGUACAUGGGUCCGAUGAUGGGUCUUAUGAACGCUUGGUCACACGUUCCGCACGAGUUCCUACCGUUCACCGACCACAUGUCGCUUUACCAACGAGCCUACAACACGUUCGUCAGUUCGUACGAGCUCCUGCUACGCUCCUGGUUCUAUCUUCCCGAGCAGCAAGCAAUGGCCGACAAGUACUUCUCGUUUCUUCCUGGUCCACUGCCGCGCUUAAGUGAUCUGGAGCGCCAAGUGUCGGUGAUUCUGCUGAACAGCUAUCCACCACUAACGUCAACUCGUGCCAAAGUGCCGGGGCUGGUGCAGGUCGGUGGCUUACACAUCAAGGAACCGAAACGUCUUCCGGACGAUCUGCAAACCUUCAUCGACGGCGCAAAGGACGGUGUGAUCUACUUCAGUCUCGGUACAAACCUACGGUCGGCUGAUAUGCCUCCGGCGAAGCUUUCCGUCAUCCUGAAAGUGUUCGGUUCGAUGAAGCAGCGUGUGGUGUGGAAGUUUGAGGAUGAAGGCAUCAAGAACCUACCACCGAAUGUGCUCGUCCGUAGCUGGCUACCGCAGAGCGAUAUUCUAGGGCACCCGAAUGUGAAGGUGUUUAUUACGCACGGUGGAUUGCUGGGCACACAGGAAGGGGUGCAUCGAGCCGUGCCGAUGGUAGGCAUACCGAUCUACUGCGAUCAGCAUCUCAACAUGAACAAAGCCACCCUGGGUGGGUAUGCGGUGAAGCUGUACUUCCCCAACAUAACUGAAGAAUCGUUCCGAUGGGCACUGGAAGAGGUGUUGUACAAUCCGAGCUACAAGGCGAACAUGGCGAAGGUGUCACAAACAUUCCGCGACCGUCCAAUACCGGCGCUGGAUGAAGCGAUCUACUGGAUAGAGUACGUGAUACGGUACAAGGGUGCACCGCAGCUGCGCUCGGCUGGAUUGGAUCUACCGUGGAUUAGCUUUGCGUUGCUUGAUGUCGUUGGGCUGAUGGUGCUCUCUUUGCUGAUGGGAAUCUUUAUAGUGCGCCGAGCUGUCUCCCAUUUGUUUGGUGGAAAGGGCAAAAGUAAACGAAAGCAUGAAUAAUUAAAAAUAUGAAUGAAAAAUGAGUAAAUACAAACAUUUUAAAAUACUGA